CCCUCCCUCCCCCGCCGGGCUCCGCUAGCACCGCCGGUUCCUCUUUACAUAACGGCGCGGGGCGGCAUGGGCUCGGGCCACCGCCUCCGCCUCCGCCUCCGCCUCCGCCCGGCCGCCCGCCUGGACUCUCGCGGCCCGCGGUGGCAACGGUGGCGGCGGCGGCAGCCAAGUUUCCCCGGCGGCGUCGGCCCGGGGGCGCAUCCUCCUCCCGCAACUGUCAAGCGCUGGCGGCGGAAAUGAUGAGACGCUGGCCAUUUUCCGAGCCCGGGUUUCCUGCCUGAGCCCCACUCGAGCGAGCCGCGAGCCAGGAGCCGGCGCGCGGCGGGAGCGAACGUGCCCGGGGCGGGGGCCCGCCCGCCCCCCUCGCGGUUCCGAGGGGCCGGAGGCGCGCGACGCCAUGGGCCGGCCGGGCCCGGACCCCCUCUCUGUCAGCCUGGCCACUCCACCCCCGUCACCGCCAUGAACGGGCCCACCCUGCAGCCCUCCUCCGCGCCCUCUGCCGCCCCGUCCGCAGCCGCGGCCCCGCGGGGCUGGAGCGAGUUCUGCGAGCUGCACGCGGCGGCCACGGCGCGGGAGCUGGCGCGGCAGUACUGGCUCUUCGUCCGGGAGCACCCGCAGCACGCGCCGCUGCGCGCCGAGCUCGUGUCGCUGCAGUUCACCGACCUCUUCCAGCGCUACUUCUGCCGCGAGGUGCGCCAGGGCCGGGCGCCGGGGCCGCCGGCCCGGGACUACCGGGAGGCGGGCCGCGGGCCCCCGGCCAAGGCCGAGGCGCCUCCCGCCGAGCCCGACCCCGGCCCCGCCGCCCCCGCCCUGCCCAAGGCCCGCAGCUCCGAGGAGCUGGCGCCGCCGCGGCCGGUGCCCUGCGCCCUCCAGCACCUGCGCCACAGCCUCCGCCACAUCAUCCGCCGCCGCUCGGCGGGGGAGCUGCCGGCGGCCGGGGCCGCGGGGGAGGCCCGGGCCAAGCCCAGCCUGGCCCGGAAGCUCCUGCCCUGGAGCCUGGCCCGGGAGCCGCCGCUCGAGGCCCUCAAGGAGGCCGUGCUGCGCUACAGCCUGGCCGACGAGGCCGCCAUGGACAGCGGGGCGCGCUGGCAGCGCGGGCGCCUGGCCCUGCGCGCCCGGGGCCCCGGCGGCGCGGACCGCGGCCUGGAGCUCUUCGACCCGCCCAAGAGUUCAAAGCCCAAGCUACAAGCAGCUUGCUCCAGCCUCCAGGAGGUCCGGCGAUGCACCCGCCUCGAGAUGCCCGACAACCUCUACACCUUUGUGCUGAAGGUGAAGGACCGCACAGACAUCAUCUUUGAGGUGGGAGACGAGCAGCAGCUGAAUUCGUGGAUGGCCGAGCUCCGGCAGUACACAGGCCAAGGGCUGGAGAGCACAGACCCGGAGCUGCACGUCCCCUCCGCUCCGGAGCCCGGCCCGGCCAGCUCGCCCAGGGGAAGCACCGACUCCCUGAACCAAGGUGCUUCUCCUGGGGGGUUGCUGGACCCAGCCUGCCAGAAGACAGAUCACUUCCUGUCCUGCUACCCCUGGUUCCACGGCCCUAUCUCCCGAGUGAAGGCCGCUCAGCUGGUUCAGCUGCAGGGCCCUGACGCUCACGGAGUGUUCCUGGUCCGGCAGAGCGAGACCCGGCGUGGGGAGUACGUGCUCACGUUCAACUUCCAAGGCAUAGCCAAGCACCUGCGCCUGUCGCUGACCGAGCGGGGCCAGUGCCGCGUGCAGCACCUUCACUUCCCCUCGGUCAUGGACAUGCUCCGCCACUUCCAGCGCUCGCCCAUCCCCCUCGAGUGUGGCUCGGCCUGCGACGUCCGGCUGUCCAGCUACGUGGUGGUCGUCUCCCAGCCACCAGGCUCCUCCAGCGCCGUCCUGUUUCCCUUCUCCCUCUCGCGCUGGGAUUCAGAGCUGGGCCUUCCCCACCUCAGCUCCUCCGGCUGCCCAGGGGGGCUGGGCCCGGAGGGUCUCCCCGGCCGCUCCGCCCCGCAAGAGCAGAUCUUCCACCUGGUGCCUUCGCCCGAGGAGCUGGCCAACAGCCUGCGACACCUGGAGUCGGAGCCCGCCACCCGGGCCCGGGACUCGGACUAUGAAAUGGACUCCUCCUCCCGGAGCCACCUGCGGGCCAUAGACAAUCAGUACACGCCGCUCUGACGGAGCGGACUCCGGCCCAGGACACAGCACGCAGGCAGGAACUGGUGAAUGUACUUUCCUUCCCUCCUUUCAGAGAGUGAAGGGGCACUGCUAACUGCUCCUUCCAGUUUGGAUGUGACCCUUCUAUCAGGCCUGUUAAAGGGCCUCCUGUAAGUUCCCGCCUGGCUUUCUCCUCAUUGUUUACAGAUGUAGUUCUUGUCCGCAGAUGCCGCUAGCUCCUGCCUGGGCCCUGGGCCCGGCACUGGCACUCAGAGGAGGGGAGGAGGCUAAGGGCCAGGCUGGCAGUGGAAACUUCUUACUGACACUGU